CCGCUUCUAGGGCCUGCAACACCUAAGUCACUGUAUUUAGGGAGUACUAAACUCAAUACCAACUACCUAACAUUUCAAUAACGCCAUUGCUAGUAUUCGAGCACGAACACAGGAACGAGCACAAUCUACCUAUUCGCGGAUGGAAGAAUGGAAGGUACUCCGUAAAGUACGUAGUGUAAGGAAAUCAUCCGAGUUUCUGAUCAGAGCGCCAUGUCGUCACCUCCCCACUGGUGCUCUUGCAGCCAGCAGAUCCGUAUCCGUAUCCACCGCCCAUGCCGAAUGCUUGGGAAUUUCACGGGAAAGAAUCGUGGUCCUUGGCGCUGCGCGAUUGGCCGUCCGUGCUUCCCCAUCCGGUCUGCGGGUGCUGAAACCGCUGAUGGCGGCGGAGACAUGGCGGAUCCCUCAGCACCUUGAGGGCUUGGCGGGUAUCUUUCGUUUCGUUUCCAUUGUUUCGUUCAAAUCCAACUCGUAUUGGAUCGCAGUCAGGUGGCCGGCCGGCAUGCUCGGCUUGAUUGACCUUGGAAAUCAGUCGAGUGGAAUGCUCUUGAACUCUCGAGACUCGAGUCAACAGCAAGAAAAAAAGACCUCGUGCUCUUUUUUCCUUCGUGUGCAGCCUGCAGCCUGGUUGCGACCUUGGGUUGCCUAUCGACGCACUGAAGUAGCCCCAUUGUCACCUGAGGCUCGUAUUGCUCUGCCGGUUACGGGCAACAGAUAUCGUAUCGACUAUCGAGAGCGACGGGAUCGGAAAACGAGGCAUCCCGGCAUCACGUAUGCGAGGACGGCCGGCUGCGCCGCUUCUUAAAGUUCGAUGGGCGCAGGUCAUAUAAAGCGCGAUUACCAUACACUACACUACGCAUCCAACCAGCAAGCAGUGACAGCUGUAUUCACUGACCUUACGUACCUAUCAGCCUUAGUGGAGAGAAACGUGAAAAUAUUUUAGGUUGCACCUCAACAAAAUCCGGGCUUCACAAGACGCCGAUGUCCGUGGCAGGAGCGGGGGAGAUGCAGCCAUUCAUUUGCAUGCCAACCACGAGCGUAUCAAAGCCUUUUAAAAAACUUCUGGCAAAAGCAUGUCGAUUGUAGCGCGUUUCAUGACACAACAGAUUUCCCUAUGAGAUGCUCAUGUUUCUUCUUGACACGCAAGCCUGCAUCUGUCUCACCCUGCUCACAUCGCUGUUCCCGCACCACCCAUAAGGUCUUGUAAUUUUUACAUUGUUUUGCAAGUCCGGAAGCACAGUAGACUACAUGUCGAGCACCAUAUUUACAUUGCGGCAACACAGUU